UAAUUUUCCGUUACACCCGCAAUUUUUAAAUUAAUUUUGGUAUCUAUAGAAACAUUAUGACGACCACCUAUUGACAAAAUAUAUUCUAAUUUUACAAAUAACUUGAAAUAUCUGAUAAUUAUUUUUAUAAUGUCCCUAUCUAAGCAUUCGCCAAUCCACACUCAAUUAAAAUCAAAAUCGUUAGUUGUUAUACCUCCGCCACCAGCUAGAUACACUUUAACAGAAUGGCAUUUGAACAACGCAUAUCGAGAAAGAUGCUGUCUGGAUCAGCAACAACUAGCAGAUUCAAUUACUGCCGAAUGUGAACGAAUAAAAGAUGAAGUUGACGAAAGAGUUGAGCUUAAUAGAAAAGAUACUGACCGCAAAUUGGAAGAGCGAAAGUUGGACAUAGAAUUCAAUACUGGAGAAAUAAAAAAGCAGAGAAAGGAAGUUUGUAUUGAAGUGGAUAAUUUAAAAACCUAUAUGGAAAGAAUAAAAGACUGUUUGGAGUCGUUGAAAAAAAACGCACAAGUUAUGUGUCAGAAGUGUAUUAUACUUAGAGAACAACGCAUCGGCAUUGACUUGUGUUGCGACGAUGUAGAAAUGGAGUUGAAAAAAGAACUACAAGUAAUAGAAGGUACUCAAAAAAUGCUGGGCAAAGCUUUGCAGCAGGCCAACGAGCAGGUCAGGCGAUUGAAAUCAACCAUGUACUUUAUGGAUAGAGAUUUGGAAGACAAAGGCAACGUUUACAAAAUAGAUACUCACAAUAGUAACUUGAAACAUACUAGUAUGAAUCUUAGUCUCUAUCAUGGUUUCACGCCUUUAAAUAGAGGAAACAUAACGCUAGAAGAAUGGGAAGACUUUACUAGAGUUAACAUCGAAAAGGCCUCGAAAGAAAUCAAUUCGGCGAGACAGUUGCGAGCAUACACGGAUAUUCUUAUCAGACAGGCGAUCGAUGAUUUGUUGAGCCAGUUCCACUGUGUCAACGGCGCUUUCAAAAGGCGCAUCGAAGAGAUCAAAGAAAUCAAGACCAAAAUGGAAAUCGAACAUGCCGAGAUAAUGAGACGGGCAAACGAACUAACCAGGACCAUAACAGAUUUGGAAAAAUCUCUGAGCGAAAAGGAAGGCUACGUGGCAUUGGCGCACACCAGACUCGGCAACAGGGCACAGAGACCUGGAAUGGAACUGUGCAAAGAUAUGGUCGAAAUAUCGUUGGUCAAUGAGGUCGGCGAGUUGAGAACAAAUUUGGCAAGAGUGCAACACAUGUUGGCCGAGGCUCAGGCUUCAUUAAGGUAUUUAUUAAAAACGCAAAUUCAGCUUGAAGAAGAUAUAAAUGUGAAGACAAACUCCUUGAAAAUUGACGAAGUCGACUGUAUGACUAUAAGACAGAGCAUGGAUUAUCACGCAUUUUAAUUGAAAAAAAAUAUAUGUCUCCUUACAUUUUAUAUCAAUAUAAUAAAUUUUUUGAGAUAAAA